AUGGGCUCUCCCGAGGAUGACAAGACUACUACUGCUCACGAUCAUAUCAUUGAAGAGAGCUCAGUCGGGGUGAGCGCCUACGAUCCGGAGAAAGUACGCCGGCCUACAAAUGAUACAACAACACUGCAUUCUGUUGACUCUGUGCCUUCUACUGUCGCCGACAACAAUCAACGAGAUGCCGAAGCGGCACUACAAAGGAUUCGAACACCCAAACAGAAGCUCGUCAGGGUCCCGAGAAAGCAGCGUCGAGGGUGGUUCGCGACUUUUGCUCUCAUUCCCGAGGUGACAAAUCCUUACGAUUACAAGGAUAGCACAAAAUGGUUCAUCACCUUCAUCGUGUCGAUUUCUGGAGCUGCUGCGCCGGUCGGAUCCGCGAUUAUAUUCCCGACUCUAGAGCAGGUGACUAGGGAGCUACACACUACUCCCGUCAUCACCAAUUUGACAGUCGCGCUAUAUAUGUUGAGUAUGGCCAUCUUUCCCCUAUGGUGGUCCGCCUUCUCCGAAGCGUCGGGCCGACGAUCUGUCUACAUUGCCUCGUUUGCGCUAUUUGUCGUGUUCUCGAUCCUGAGUGCUAUUUCCCAGUCGAUUGGCAUGCUAAUCGCCAUGCGCAUGUUGGCUGGUGGUGCUGCGGCAUCGGUUCAAGCUGUGGGUGUGGGCACGAUUGCUGAUGUGUGGCUAUCCGAGGAGAGAGGCAGGGCGAUGGGUUUCUUUUACCUGGGGCCCUUGUGUGGCCCGUUAUUCGCACCCAUCCUUGGUGGCAUUGUUGGUGAACGAUGGAGUUGGCGUGCUACGCAAUGGGCACUGGUCAUUUAUGGCGCAUUGACAUGGACGCUCGUCUUCUUCGGCCUGCCAGAGACACUCAAGUCAACGUCCAACCUGAUCGGAGCAGCCAGUGAAGAAGUCGAAGGUACUGAUAAUCCACUCGGGCCUACCAUGAGCCGCACAUCAACCCGCGAAUCGGUUCAGCAACGGUCCAAGCAGUAUAUCCGCUUACUGCGAAUGCUAUUCAUCGAUCCGCUCAAGAUCUUCGUAUACCUACGCUAUCCGGCUGUCUUCCUUACUAUUUACUACGCCAGCGUGACGUUUGGCACUCUUUACGUUUUAAACAUAUCAAUUACGUAUACCUUCGAGCGGGCACCAUACAAUUUUACAACUCUGAUAAUCGGCUUGCUCUACCUGCCCAACUCUCUGGGUUACAUCCUUGCCAGUGUGCUUGGCGGCCGAUGGAUGGACUACAUCAUGAAGCGUGAGGCGGUGAAGGCGAACCGAGUCCGCGAAGGCAAGCUGGUCUAUCAACCAGAGGACCGCAUGCGCGAAAACGCUUGGCUUGGAGCACUGUUGUACCCAGUGGCUUUGAUCUGGUUUGGCUGGACGGCUGAGAAGGGUGUCUAUUGGUUGGCUCCGAUGAUUGCCAACUUCUUCUAUGGCAUUGGUUCGAUGCUUAUAUUUGCGAUGGCGACAACAAUGCUCACGGAGUUUAUGCCUCAACGGUCAUCGUCCGGCGUUGCCUUGAACAAUUUUGUCCGGAACAUCUUCAGCUGUGCUGGCGGUAUCGUGGGCGCUCCGUUGAUCUCGGCGAUUGGCAAUGGGUGGCUGUUCACCAUCCUUGGGCUAUGGGCCCUGUCCAGUGCCAGCGUCAUCUGGGCAAUGAGAAGAUUCGGGCCACGUUGGAGAAUCAAGAUGGAGGAAGACUUUGGGUAG